AUGGCCGCAUCUAAAGUGAUGAGAGCCAUAAGGAUGUCAGAGUUUGGAGCACCUUCAGUUCUGAAGCUCUGCUCAGACGUGCCUGUUCCCAGUCCAGGACAGAAGCAAGUCCUUAUUCGGGUGCACGCCUGUGGAGUGAAUCCAGUGGAGACGUAUAUUCGCUCUGGUUCCUAUGCACGGAAACCAGACCUGCCCUAUACGCCUGGAACUGAUGUGGCGGGAGUGGUGGAGGCUGUAGGAGAUGGAAUUUGCUUUCUGCAGGCGGGUGACAGAGUGUUCACCACAGCUACUGAAACAGGAGGAUAUGCGGAGUACACCGUCGCUUCCGAGGAAUCCGUUCACAAACUGCCUGAUUUGCUGGAUUAUAAACAAGGAGCUGCCAUUGGAAUCCCAUAUUUCACGGCCUACCGAGCCUUAUUUCACAAGGCGAAGGCCAAAGCAGGAGAGGCUGUUCUCAUCCAUGGAGCCAGCGGAGGUGUUGGGAUUGCAGCAUGCCAGCUGGCACGGGCAUUUGGACUAAACGUUCUGGGCACAGCUGGCACCCCUGAAGGCAUGAAACUGGUGCUCAACAAUGGAGCCCAUAUGGCCUUCAACCACAGAGAAAAAGACUACCUUGAUAAAAUUCAGGCGGCUACUAGCAGACAAGGUGUUAAUGUGAUCGUUGAGAUGUUGUCCAAUGUGAACCUCAGCAAUGACCUACAACUGCUGGCUGUUGGUGGUAGGGUCACAAUUGUAGGUUCUAGAGGUCCUAUUGAGAUUAACCCCAGAGACACCAUGGCUAAAGAGUCCAGUAUCAUUGGGGUGUCUUUGUACUCUGCUAAAAAGGAGGAGAAGGCUGAAAUGGCAGCAGCUCUGUUUGCGGGAAUGGAGGCCGGAUGGCUGAAGCCCGUCGUCGGUCCAGAAUAUACACUGGAUAAAGUUGCUCAAGCGCAUGAGGAUAUCAUCAACAGCCCUGGGGCUUCUGGGAAAAUGGUUCUGAUUAUGUGAACCUAAUGCAGCCUGUAUUCACAUUCAGAACAGCUGCACUGAGAAUUGCUUUGAAAUUGAAUGUUACGCCACUAAAACAAGACACUUUAGCUUCCAGUCCACAGUCUGUUGGUGUCGGAUUGAGAUCACUGUGAUUGGGAGAUGCUGAAAUACUGAUGGUUUUCCAGUGGCCUGAAUCCAUAACUGCAGGACUUUCUUUGUACUGCAGUUGAUAUUUUGUGAUUUCUUAAAGACGUAUUAUGAGCUUUAUUUCAAAGAUGUUGAUUGCGGUUUUGAUUUGUAGUUAAUACUUAAUAAAUAAAUAUUAUUUCCAUAACA